CUCUCUGUCGGCAGAAAGACCAAGGGACAAGAGGAGGAACAGCGUGUGAAGACGGGCCUCUUAGGGCUCUGAGGGAAGCAUCCAAAGCCAGCUGGUCUGGCUUUGAGGUAAAUCAAUGGGCAGAGUGAAACAAAGGCAGCAGAAAGAAGAGGAAGUGUUGUAGACAGAAAGAAAGGAAGAGAUAAAGAAAGCCAAACCUUGUAGGGGGGGAGUGGAGCUUGGAACAGCAGGUUCUGUGAAGGUGUUUGUGCAACAACGACAAACAGAUUGUGGUGUGGUCUGUCGAAGAGCGCAUUGCGAAGACAGAAGAAAGAGUGUAUACAAGAAGAGAGACUGUUGCACGAUGUGCUAGGAGAGUGCGGGAAGAAAUCGUGUUGUUUUUCUGAUAUUGUUGAGGUGUCAGAGAGACUGGAAAGGACGCAGCCAUGGGGCGGAAGAAGAUACAGAUCACCAGGAUCAUGGAUGAGAGGAACAGGCAGGUUACCUUCACAAAGAGGAAGUUUGGCCUGAUGAAAAAGGCCUAUGAGCUGAGCGUACUAUGUGACUGUGAGAUAGCCCUCAUCAUUUUCAACAGCUCUAACAAACUGUUCCAGUAUGCCAGCACAGACAUGGACAAAGUGUUGCUGAAAUACACAGAGUACAACGAGCCCCAUGAGAGCAGAACCAACUCUGACAUUGUAGAGAAAUUGAGAAACAAAGGCCAUAAUGACUGUGCUAGUCCUGAUCCUGAAGACUGUUUUGGGCACAGCCCCCUCAUGGACGACCAUUUCGGCAAACUAAACGAAGCGCUAAACAAGAAAGAACACAGAGGUUGUGAUAGCCCGGACCCCGAUGCCUCAUAUGUCCUCACUCCUCACACAGAAGAAAAGUAUAAAAAAAUUAAUGAGGAGUUUGAUAAUAUGAUGAGAAAUCAUAAAAUCCCCACAGCAUUGCCUCAGCAGAACUUCUCCAUGCAUGUGGCAGUGCCCGUAUCCAAUCCUAAUGCCAUGUACCAGCCGGGAGGGACUCUGGGCAGCCAGGCCCUGGCAGCAGCCGCGGCCUCUUUGAGUGACAGUGGGAUGCUGUCCCCUCCACAGGCCUCUCUGCACAGGAAUGUGGGCUCAAGUGGAGGACCCCAGAGGCCCACCAGUGCAGCUCAUACAAUUACACCUAAUUACAAGCUGUGGCCCUUGACUGGGAACGGUUUUGUUAACCCCAGGGGCUCUCCGGGCGUCCUCAGCACACCCAGCGGCAAUGGCCUGGGUAAAGUCAUGCCCACCAAGUCUCCACCACCCCCUGGAGGGAACAUGGGAAUGGGAGGCCGCAAGCCAGACCUAAGGGUUGUUAUCCCUCCAUCUAGCAAAGGGAUGAUGCCCCCACUGUCGGAGGAGGAGGAAAUGGAUUUGAACACCCAGAGGAUAAGCAGCUCCCAGUCCACCCAGUCGCUGGCCACUCCAGUAGUUUCUGUAACCACCCCCAGCUUACCCCCACAGGGCCUGGUCUACUCGGGCAUGCCCACCUCCUACAACCCUGCUGAGUUCUCCCUGAGCAGUGCAGAGAUCUCUUCCCUACAGGGCUUCAGCUCUCCUGGGCUCUCACUGGGCUCCAUGUCGGCAUGGCAACAGCAUCAACUGGGCCAGGCAGCUCUUAAUUCUUUGGUUGGUGGAGGUCACCUACCUCAGGGCUCCAACCUCUCCAUCAACACCAGCCAGAGCAUAAACAUCAAGUCUGAGCCCAUUUCGCCGCCACGGGAGCGUGUCACCCCAUCUGGCUUCCCUCCUCAGCAACCGCAGCAAGGGUCCAGCCGACAGGACGUUCUGGGACGUUCACCUGCAGACAGCCUCAGCUCCUCCUGUAGCUCUUACGACGGCAGCGAUCGUGAGGACCACCGGCCAGACUUCCACUCCCCGCUGGGACUGGGCAGACCCCCUCCUGGCUCUGAGGACAGAGAGAGCCCCUCGGUCAAGCGCUUGCGCAUGGACACAUGGGUGACAUAAAGAGCCCCUAUCAAGCCUCCAGUCACCAGCCAGUCAGAGAGGGGGAGGGGUUAGACAUGGAGAUACAAGAAAGAGCAAGGGUCCUUAGAGCUAUCAUUAUUAUACUAUUAUUCAACUCCAUUUCAAUUUGUAAGACUGAGUGGCAAAUGUUAUAAGACGUGUUAGGACAUAUCAAAAGUAAAUUCUCAAACUGACACUGAGUAAGAUUCAAAAACAAAUCUGUUAGCUGGACUGAAUUAUAUGCACAAGCAGGUGGUAUCAGGUACUCGGUGCAAUUCAGAUGAGGUUUGCAGAAGAGAGAUGUUCAAAGGAUAUUGUUAAACAAUAGGCGGUAGAUUAUUCUAUUAUUAUAGUCACUGGUCUAGUCAGACACUUACAUGUAGUUGCUGUAUUGCUGUUGUGCUCGCAAAUUGCAAACAAUCAGAGAAAGUCGUGUUGCUUUCAGGCUGAGGACCCUUACAUAUGAUGUUCACUGCAAGAACUAUCUUUUAAAAUCAUGCUGUAACCACACAAGACCUUUAUCUCAAGUGGCCUCUUGUAAUUUAUUGAUUCAUUCGAUCAGGAGAUACAGAGAACACAGAGUUAAUUAAGACUAUACAGUCAUUUUGAUUACACAGUAAAUAAUUGCAACAGUUGAGACAACUUUAGUGAAUAAAUGAAACAACACUGCUGGAGGUAAAAACAAAAUAGCAACAGAAUUUAUUGCAAUAAUGACAUACUAUUCAUUUUAUAAUUUAAAAGAGUGGGAUAUAUACAUGUGCAAUUAAAAUAAUGCGAACCUGUCCAGUUGAACUGGUGAGAAAAUCAACAUGUUCACAUUUGUGUAACAGUUCAUCAGUAAUAUAAGCCAAAGCUGUUCUUUUGUGUCGUUUUGUACAGUUGCUACGGUUUCCUAACAAUUCACUCAAACGCACCAUUUCUUUCAUCAUAGUUUUAUUUUUAUUGUGCUUUAUUGCAAACAGUGUAAAGUCGUGUGAACCAGAUCUUGAAUCAAUAUCUAAAGCCAUGAAAAUUUGCUGUUCUGUUUGUUAUAAUUGAUAAUUUGAGCCAAACAGUUUCUUGUGUUGUGUAAAUAGCGACUUUAAUAUAUAUCACCAGGGGGUGAGUACAUACUGAAAGUACUGUACAACCACCGUUUUCAAGAAAAGUAUAUUUUUGUGGAUUACAGCCAAGUUUACAAGAGUAGACCCUUAAAAAGUAGAUCAUUCACUGGUCAAUAUUUGCUAUUUUGUUCAUUUUACUGUAAUCUCUUCUAAAUUGAAUUAUCAACAUAACCUCCCAUGUGUUUUACUUCCAGAUAGUCAAUUUGUUUUCUCUCUCUUUAUAAGUGAUGACCUGUUAUGUCCUGAAGACAUUGUAAUAACAAUGCUGUGAGGUUGAGGUUACACUAUUUUCAAAUUUGUGAAGGAUAGCCACAAGGCUAGGGGAAAUAGGGUUUCUUCCCUCCUAUUGUAGUUGUAUACCAGCAGCUGCUGAAUACACUGCCAGCAUUCAAACCCAAGGUCCCAGCCCCAUAAUGAAGAAUAAUCUAUUGUUAUUGCAUGUAGCUCAACUGAAAAGACAUGCAAGCUAUCAAGCUCUUUCCACUAUCCUGUUAUUGGUUCAUUGAAUCACAGCAUACAUAAACGUGGUAGAAUGGGCUGCUGAGCCUCACACAAAACUAAUCGUGCCUCUGCUCAUAUGUGGUUGUAAAUAUCACAGUCAGUCAUAAUUAUGUAUAAAAAUACUCAUGUGUUUCCUUAAUUGGCCCCAGACAUUUUAUCUUAUAUCAAUUCCCUAUUACUAGUCAGACUACUAUAUGCCUAGGAACCUUAGGAGCCAGAAAAGUGAAAAUCUGAAGGCGUUGAAGUCAUGUGACGCGGAAAGUGUUGCGACGAUGUUAUCACACCGUGCAGAGAGCGGGGGGGGGGUGGGCUGUGACUUUUUUUCUUCUCCAUCAUCACAGAAGCAAAUAAUUCAGCAGCUAAUUUAUUACAACAACAACACAAUGUCAUUGUCAAUGACUUCAAUCUCACUGCUGGAUUGCACACAUUUGUAUGAGUUGUUUGCUGAAAGGCAUCGCUCUGCAUUCGCCGUGGCAUAUCUUGUGUGUGCUUCUGAGAUUUCUCCGCCCCAUUAUCAGCUCCAUGGUAGUUUUCACUAUACAACCGCAAUGAUCUAUGCAGUUUUUGCUCCAAUUCACACAACAUAUAUAUAUAUUCAGAAUAUGAUGUCAUUACAGGUGACAUUUAGUCCACAAAGCUUCAGGAAGAAGAGCAUCUGAGGAUUGACUGUUAUCCUGAAGUGCCACAGCUGGAGGUUGCUGAACUACAAGUUACAUAUAAAACAUUUUAUUAAACAAUUAAUUUGAAUACCCCGGAGCAAUCUCUUCAUGUUCAAAUACAUUGGUCGAUAUACUUUACAUAAUGUAUAGUAAUCCAUAAUGUAAUCCAGUUUAACACAGCAGGUGAAAAUAGCAAUAAUAAAUGACUACAACUAAAAUAGCCUGCCUGUAAUGGCAGCACCACCUCAUAGUUGAGCACAUACUUUAGCACUUGAUAACAUAUCAGGGAAUUUUGUAGUUUGUCUAUCUAUAUGCACGGUUAGGAAAUGCCUUAUCCCAAAGAAAAAUUAUAUAUACCAUUUUAUUUUAUUUUCUCUCGGUAAAAAAAAAAAAGACAAUGCAGAUAUUACUCAAACUUGACCAGACCUGCCUCUUCUCAGAAAAGACCCACACAAGAACAUGCACGGUGAAUGCACUGUGAUACACUUUGCUCUUUUGGUCCAUGUCCAAAUUGUGCACAACUGAUGAAUGUGAAAGGAAAGGGUAAUCAAUGAACCUUUGUAUAGGACUUUCUUCACUUUGCUGUGUAAAAGUACACUGCUUUGCUUCAUGGCUUUUAUAAACAGAACUACGUGUUUGGUAAGUGUUUGUAGUUGAUAGUUCACUUAACUAAAGAAGCUGUUUCCGGUUUGAAUGCUCAGACCGUUUGGCGGCACAAGCUGGACUUUGUUGCCAAUAAUGAAAUUAUUUGUUUCAAAAUCGAAAGAGAUUUUAAGUUCAUCUACAUUUUCUUUCCCUUGAAUGUGUUUUAUUUUCAUCAGACAAUAAAUAUUCAAGUGAACUUUUUAUUAAACAAUUAAGAUACUAUGCUAGAUAUUGUUGUACAAAAUUUGUAUUCUUAACAAAAGUACAAAUAUUGGCUUUCAAUGUGUAAUUUAGAUUAUCUCUCUUAUUCUGUAUAAAAUGAAGUAAACAACUCUUACAUAGAAUUUGUUCUCCUGUGAAGUCCCAAACAGUAGAAACUGUCAACUUUAUUAAACACCUCAGUGUAUGCUCAAUCUGAA